UUAUAUCGAUCGAUCCACCCACUUUCUCCAUUCUCUCUGCUUCAACCAUGGAGAACGAUACGGCGUCGUUGCAGGUGUCGGAAGAAGUUUCCUUUUUGGGCAAUAAUAGAACAACUACCUUAAAGGAAGAAGAGAGAGAAAGUAUUGAAAUGGGUACCAGCGUCGACCGGGAACCGGAAAUUACCAGUCCUCGCCGGAGAAUUCCCGGUCAAGGGAUCCAAUCUACGACCGGACAGUCGUCGUUUCGAAGGGAUUUUGAGCAUGCUGCUGCUGAGACUUACCUGAUGUCCGGAUUUGCCUUCAAACUUCUUAGCUAUCUUGGGGUAGGUUACCGCUGGAUUACUGGAUUACUUGCACUUCUCUGUUACGCCAUGCUACUUUUACCUGGUUUCCUUCAGGUUGCCUAUUAUUAUUACUUUUCAAGCCAAGUACAUAGGAGUAUCAUUUAUGGAGAUCAACCAAGAAAUAGGUUAGACCUUUAUUUGCCGAUGGAUCCUCAUGGAAAGAAGCCGGUUGUGAUAUUUGUAACAGGUGGAGCCUGGAUUAUUGGAUACAAAGCAUGGGGUUCCCUUCUUGGGCUACAAUUGGCGGAGAGAGACAUCAUAGUGGCCUGCCUUGACUAUAGAAACUUUCCUCAAGGAACCGUCAGUGACAUGAUCAAAGAUGUUUCUCAGGGUAUCUCAUUUGUGUGUAAUAAUAUUGCCGCUGUUGGAGGGGAUCCUGACAGAGUUUAUCUUAUUGGGCAAUCAGCUGGUGCACAUUUAUCAACAUGUGCUCUCCUGGAGCAGGCUACCAGAGAGUCACAAGGAGAGAGCUGUUUUUGGAGUGUCUCACAGAUAAAAGCUUAUUUUUCUUUAUCUGGCGGGUACAACUUGCCAAAAUUAGUUGAUCAUUUUCACAACCGAGGCCUCUAUCGAUCCAUAUUCUUGAGCAUUAUGGAAGGAGAAGAUUCCCUGAAGAAGUAUUCACCUGAUCUUCUGGUACAGGAUAAAAGCAAUGCAAAGGCUGUUUCAUUGUUGCCCCCGUUAAUUCUUUUUCAUGGAGCUAAAGACAAGUCCAUCCCUUCAGUGGCAAGCGAAAGUUUUGCAGAUGCUCUCAGAAAAGCUGGUGGUGAUGCUCAACUGGUUAUUUAUGAAGGGAAAACACAUACUGAUAUGUUUGUCCAGGAUCCAUUAAGAGGCGGUAGAGAUGAGCUGUUUGAACAUAUGGUUUCUGUGAUACAUGCAGAUGAUCAGGAAGCUCUGGCGAGGGAUGCAAAUGCCCCACCAAUGAGACGCCUUGUCCCUGAGAUAUUGGUCAAGUUAGCUAGGGAAAUAAGCCCUUUUUAGACUUUCUUGUUCGUAAACUGGGGCAUCGGUUUCUAUAACUGAUUGGUCUGCCACACCCACAUUCUUUGUUACCCUAAGUAUAUCUUCUUCUGUAUAGCAUUAGGAGCUUAUUGCAUUCUUUGAUCCAUCAUUAUAGGUAAUGUAGUUUACAAUCAUUUCUUAAUUUUUGUAACUAUAUUUUGUAAAACUCUGGUGUUAAUAGUUGUAUUAAAUCCGAGCUGUUAAUACUA